GAUUAAUCAGUUAAGUUAUCCAACCCCAUUUCAUUUCCUCAUUCAGAUUUCACAAACAUUAAUUAACAACUGAGGUACAUAUAUAAUAUAUACGUUUAUUGCAGGAAUUGUUAAUAUAUAUAAAAAAGGGGAGUAAAUUAAACAUGAGUGGGAAGAAUGGAUUGCCGAAAAUUCAGACAGAUAAGAAGGCGGCCGACGAGAAUAUAAUAUGCCACGAUGACAGUGCGAAGCCGGUGAAAGCUCAGACAGUAGAUGAAUUGCAUUCACUUCAGGUUAAAAAAUCGGCCCCCACCACUCCCACAGUCGGUGUUUUGGGCUUAUUCGCCCCUUCCCCCGCCCGGCCGGAUGAACAGAUUCAGAAACAACAGCUCCAAUCCAUUAGUGCAUCAUUGGCAUCGCUGACGAGGGAAACGGGGCCGAAGUUGGUGAAGGGAGAUCCGGGAUCAAGGAGUGAGAAAUCAGCACCUGUGAGCCACAAGACAGCUGAUGUCACUCCUGCUCCUAACAAUAGUGACAGCGCCCUUAAGUUCACUCACAUUCUCUAUAACCUCUCUCCCCCUGAACUUUACGAACAAGCCAUAAAAUACGAGAAGGGAUCUUUCAUCACAUCGACUGGAGCAAUGGCGACCCUAUCGGGGGCCAAAACGGGGCGAUCCCCGAAAGACAAGCGCGUCGUCAAAGGUGAAAACAAUGGGGAUGAUCUUUGGUGGGGAAAGGGUUCACCCAAUAUCGAAAUGGACGAGCACACUUUCAUGGUUAAUAGAGAAAGAGCUGUGGAUUAUUUAUGCUCUUUAGAAAAGGUUUACGUGAACGAUCAAUUCCUGAACUGGGAUCCAGAGCAUCGCAUCAAAGUUAGAAUCGUAUCCGCAAGGGCCUACCAUUCUCUGUUUAUGCACAACAUGUGCAUCCGACCAACUCCAGAAGAGCUAGAGAACUUUGGUAGUCCGGAUUUCACAAUAUACAACGCGGGAAUGUUCCCAUGCAAUCGAUACACGCAUUACAUGACAUCAUCGACAAGCAUAGACAUAAAUCUUGGAAGAAGGGAAAUGGUGAUAUUGGGCACACAAUAUGCAGGUGAAAUGAAGAAAGGUCUUUUCAGUCUUAUGCAUUAUCUAAUGCCUAAGCGCCAAAUCCUCUCCUUACACUCCGGUUCCAAUAUGGGCAAAAACGGAGAUGUCGCCCUCUUCUUUGGUUUAUCUGGUACGGGGAAGACAACACUAUCUACGGAUCAAAACAGGUACUUGAUUGGAGAUGACGAGCAUUGCUGGAGCGACAAUGGUGUAUCCAACAUUGAGGGUGGUUGCUAUGCCAAGUGCAUUGACUUGUCUAGAGAGAAGGAGCCUGAUAUUUGGAAUGCAAUUAAAUUUGGAUCUGUACUGGAAAAUGUUGUGUUUGAAGAGCACACUCGAUUAGUGGACUACACGGACAAAUCUGUGACAGAAAACACACGAGCAGCGUAUCCGAUAGAAUACAUUCCAAAUGCAAAGAUACCGUGUGUGGGGCCGCAUCCGAAAAAUGUGAUUCUACUGGCAUGCGAUGCAUUUGGUGUGCUUCCCCCUGUUAGCAAGCUAACCAUGGCCCAGACCAUGUAUCACUUCAUAAGCGGAUAUACUGCCCUCGUUGCUGGAACAGAGGAUGGAAUAAAGGAGCCUACAGCAACAUUUUCUGCAUGCUUUGGUGCGGCAUUUAUUAUGUUCCACCCGACCAAGUACGCUGCAAUGUUGGCCGAUAAAAUGCAGAAACACGGAGCCACUGGAUGGCUAGUUAACACCGGCUGGUCCGGUGGAAGCUAUGGAUCGGGGAGCCGCAUUAAGUUAGCCUACACUCGGAAAGUAAUCGACGCGAUACACUCGGGUUCGCUCUUGCAAGCAAACUAUACAAAGACAAAAGUAUUUGGGCUUGAGAUUCCAAAUGAAGUUGAGGGUGUGCCUUCAGAAAUCUUAGAUCCCGUUAACACGUGGUCGGACAAGGAUGCAUACAAUGAGACACUGCUAAAGCUGGGAGGUCUAUUUAAGAAGAAUUUUGAGGUAUUUCUUGACUACAAAAUUGGAGCUGACAACAAUCUCACUCAGGACAUCCUCGCUGCUGGACCCAAUUUCUAAUUCUUUCGCUUCAAACAUAAAUAAAGAGAGGCUAGUAUAUAUUUUUUUUAAUUUUGUUUCCUUUAUCAUUUUCCCUAGUAAUUUCUCUCGGUUGGUAAUAGCGAUUGAUUAAUAAUUCCUCAGUUUCCCCUUUUGUAUUUUAUUUUUAUGUUUCCGGCAGGUCAGCCGUCGUUGAUCGCCGGUCUCCACUAUUGUUUUGUUUUUUUAAACAUUUAUUUUUUAAACUAUUUUCAGUCAUAUUAUUGUGUU